GCAGGCAAAGGAUCGCGCGUGCCUAAAGGCAGUGGGCGCGCGUGCUGCGAGUCCUCCUUACUGCGCAUGUGUAGAAGGCAUGAGUGAAGGGAAACCUUCGGGGGGAAGUGUCUCCGACCUCUGUGAACUUGCGCCCAGUGGAGCUGUGGGUGUUGGCAUUUUAAGUCCGUCUGGCAUCUGUCCACCUGCUCUUCGCUGGUAGACUUCGGGCAAUUAAAAGAACAGUGCAAUGGAAAACAAGUACGGUGGUCCUCUGUUUUGCUCCUUUUCAACAAUGUAUACAUUCCUACUAGGGACCAUAUUCAUAGCUUUAAGUUCAAGUCGCAUCCUACUGGUAAAAUACUCAGCCAAUGAAGAGAAUAAAUAUGAUUACCUUCCAACUACUGUGAAUGUAUGCUCAGAGCUGGUGAAGUUGGUUUUCUGUGUACUCAUUUCAUUUUGGGUUAUAAAGAAAGAUCAUCAAAGCAGAAGCUUGAAAUGUACUUCUGGGAAAGAAUUUUCUAAUUUUAUGAAGUGGUCCAUUCCUGCCUUUCUUUAUUUCCUGGAUAAUUUGAUUGUCUUCUAUGUUCUUUCCUACCUUCAGCCUGCCAUGGCUGUUAUCUUCUCAAAUUUUAGCAUUAUAACAACAGCUCUUCUAUUCAGGAUAAUUUUGAAGAGGCAUCUAAACUGGAUACAGUGGGCUUCCCUUCUAAUUCUAUUUUUGUCUAUUGUGGCCCUCACUGCUGGGACUGAAACUUCACAGCACAAUGUGGCAGGACAUGGAUUCCAUCAUGAUGCUUUCUUCAGCCCAUCUAAUUCCUGCCUUCUUUUCAGAAGCAAGUGCCCUAGCAAACAUAAUUGCACAACAAAGGAGUGGACAUUUUCUGAAGCUAAGUGGAAUUCCACAGCCAGGGUUUUUAGUCAUAUUCGUCUUGGCUUGGGCCACGUUCUUAUUAUAGUUCAGUGCUUUAUUUCUUCAAUGGCCAACAUCUACAAUGAAAAGAUAUUGAAGGAAGGGAACCAGCUUACUGAAAGCAUCUUCAUACAGAAUAGCAAGCUCUAUUUCUUUGGCAUUCUUUUUAAUGGACUCACCCUGGGCCUUCAGAGCAGUAACCGUUAUCAGAUUAAGAACUGUGGAUUUUUUUAUGGCCACAAUGCAUUUUCCAUAGCCCUUAUAUUUGUAACUGCCUUCCAGGGUCUCUCCGUGGCUUUCAUUUUGAAGUUCCUGGAUAAUAUGUUCCAUGUCUUGAUGGCUCAGAUCACUACUGUCAUCAUCACAACAGUGUCUGUUCUGGUAUUUGACUUCAGACCCUCUCUGGAGUUUUUCUUAGAAGCUCCAUCAGUUCUUCUCUCCAUUUUUAUUUAUAAUGCUAGCAAGCCUCACGAUCUAGAAUAUGCACCAAGGCAGGAAAGGAUCCGAGAUCUGAGUGGCAAUCUUUGGGAGCGCUCCAGUGGGGAUGGAGAGGAACUGGAGAGACUUACUAAACCAAAGAGUGAUAUUGAAUCAGAUGAAGAUACUUUCUAAUGGUGCCGAAAUAGUUGUCAGCUCUCACAAACUUUAUUUUCACAUUUUAGGCAAUUAUAUGUGAAUUUUUCACUUGAUAAAACAAGGACAUUGAUAAAGCAUAGGUUUUGGUUGUUGUUGUUGUUGUUGUUUUUGUUUUGUUUUUUGUUUUUGCAUAUCUCCAAGACUGCACAAUGCCCCAAGGUUAAAGUGUUUUAAGUAGUCAACAUAGGAGUAGAAGUAUGGAAACUUCAUUUUAUGUCAGUGUAUUUGAUGAUAGAAAAAUGUAUUUGCAUGUUGUUUUCCUUUUUCUCUAAGCUUCCAUAAAGCUUGUUAUAAUCAUGCUGGCUAUAGCUUAUAAAUGGGCAAAUAGAGAUCAUUUGACCAGAUAUUCAUAAUUAUGAAUUAGUAGUUCUGCUAUACAUGCCCAAGUUUCCCCCUUUUUAAUCAUUAUAAAUAUCAUCUGCCUUGUCCCUUAAAUUUUGAGGCCCUGGAGAUACUCAUUUUAUACCAUGACUCUAAAAUAUUUUAUUGAUGGACCUUAAUAUCUGUCUACAACACUGAUCUGAAUGUAACAUACUUUGCAAGAAAAAAGAUUCAAAAACAUAAUACAUCAGAAUUUUAAUUUUUAGAAAUGUAUGGGAAACUUGAUUUGUAGAAUUUUUUUUUACAAAAAUAAACUUGAAUUUAGCUGAAGGUUAGUUCUAUGCCACCACAGUUAUUUCCAUUCAUAUAUCUUUGUAUCCUGCCAUUUCCAUAAGAGUUGAGACACUGGAUUCAGAAUUAUAUCAAACUGUAAGAAAGAUGCCUAAAAGUUUCUUUUGAAAGGGUUAGUUUUCAACGCAAGUCUUGUAAAUUAGCAUUUCACCAAUAAAGUGAUCUAAAAAAAGGUCUUUUUUUCCAGGCAGAUGACAUUUGCUGAAUAGUAUUAGUCUAAAAAGAGAAAGGCACUUAUAAAGCACUUUAUAGUAAUAAUGCAUCCCUUAUCAAGUGCAUGAUAUUUUUCUGAGUAUUUUUACAUGGAGCCAGUUGGCUCUGUAAGGUAGAAAUCCAGGUAAUAAGUAAAAAAUAAGAAAACCUAAGUGACUUGCCCAAGGUCAUAAAACUUGGUGAUAGAGUGUCAACUUUAGCUAGUCUGUGUGUUUACAAAGUAUUACACUGUUUUAUAUACAUUAUACAUUUUUUCUUUUCCCUAAACUUUAUACAGAUAAAUAUAAAAUAAUAUGACUGGUAAGAGUUGGUGGAAAUUUAAAAAUAAAAUAACUGGUAAACCUA